UAAACCCUAAACAACAAAUCUCAAAAGCUCCAUCAGCUUUGGCAUUGCAUCAUGAACAUUGUGGAUUGGCGUCACAUUUAACUCAACUGCCAGUAUAAAACCUAAAGUUAGCCGGAAAACACAGUCAUCGCCGGUCGCCACAGACUCCGAUAAACUCCGUCGAGGGGAAGAAGGAGAUUGCAACUGAAGAUGGCUGCAAGCUUUGCUUCCAGAUGUUCCCGUGCGGGUCGUUCUCUGUUUGGUGGAUUAAGCAACAGUUCUCCUGGCCUAUUUACAACGUCGCAUGAGAUGACAUGCAGCAAUUAUUUUUCUCAGCAACAACGAACGUUCAUACAAAUGAGAACGGUUCUGAAGGUUGUGGAUAAUUCCGGGGCUAAAAAAGUGAUGUGCAUACACGCAUUGAAAGGGAAGAAAGGAGCAAGAUUAGGUGAUAUGAUAAAAGCAUCGGUGAAGGAAGCACAUCCUAAUGGAAAAGUGAAGAAGGGAUCGACCGUCUUCGCCGUAGUUGUUCGCGCAGCAAUGCCAAAGGGUAGAUGUGAUGGAAGUGAGGUGAAGUUUGAUGACAAUGCUGUGGUGCUUGUUGACAAGCAAGGACAACCUAUUGGGACAAGGGUUUUUGGACCAGUUCCUCAUGAACUCAGGCAGAAGAAGCAUGUCAAAAUCCUUACCUUAGCUGGGCAUAUCGCGUAGAUGAAGAAAAAAACAUCAUCCUCAAAUUUUAUUGUGGAAUCUAAUGUCACUUCUAUUCUAUCAUUCAUCUAAUUAAUUUUAUGGCUUUUCAUAUUUUAAUUAAUAUUCACUUGACCAAGUGAUUCGGAAUGUGACAUCAUCAAAAAGUGUCUACUCAACCCAACUUGAGGGAAAAGUGAGCGGAAACCUUAUAGUAAUUUAAUUUAAUGCAACAUAUUGACAUGA